UCUUCAGAGUACAUUUAUAUGGACCUUAUUCCCACUGAUAUGGUAAAUCUCACAGGAAAAUAUUUUUCACACAUGAAAAACCAGCGCAUCAUAGGAAACCUGAAUUGCCAACUGGCCAGAAAAUAAACAACCUAGCACCCUUUUUUAUUUUACAAAAUAUAUACCUUACCUUUCUGCAAACAUAAGGGACACCAAGGCAGUUAAGACAUUAAAAUAUACAUAAUAAAAAUCACUUCUUAAAAGCAUUAAAACCAACAAAAACAAUUAAAACAGAAGCGAAAAUACUUCUACAAAAACAUUUAAAAAUUGUGUAUGAGGUCACUAUGACUUAAAGUGGGCGGUGCUUAACAGAUGGUAAGCAUUCCAGAGGGCUUUGCAAGAAGGGAUCUAGAGAUCUGACCUGGGAGCAAGUUACUUGUUCUCCAAUACUGCUUUCUAAGUUAUGUACACAGUUAAUAAAAAAUUAUGUUAUACUACAUAGUGAACCAGAAAGUUAUUAAUAAAGAAUGUUACAUGGUACCAGGAGUGGCUAGUUGCAUCUUGCAGUACAGGAUCUGAGAAACAAGGAAAGCUUGGAGAAACUGUAAGAAACAGAAUGUGCAGGAGGGAGGAAUCACUGAGGGAAUGCCUAAUGAAUGAGAAUUCUUCACCACCUGGUGGAAGAUGGCAACAGAACGGGAAAGAUGAAUCUCUCUAGGUAGAGAGUUCCAAAGUUUUAACAAGAAGAAUAUACCAAAACUGGGAAAUGAAUGUUACUGCUGUCACCCAAUUAAAGAAAGUUGAGGCACUUACAGUGCAAUUCUACGUGACUGAAGUUAAUGGGCUUAGACUGGAGUAACUAUGCAUAAGAUUGCACUGUUAGUCACAUGCACUUUAGCUGACUUAAAACCAAGAUUACAUAUGUAUACGGAAAAUAGUUACAUAGAAUUUUUUUAAAAAGGGAAGAUAUAUACAUGCACCACUGUAGGUAUUAUUUUGGGAAAGGCAUUGCACGUGCACCAUCAAACAGGAAAAAAUGUCUUUUCUAAGAUGGCAAUUGUAAUGUGCAGUUUUAAAACAAUAAACAUUUAUACAGGGCUUACAAACAUUCAGAGCACUCAUCUAUACUAACGUGUAUAUUUAAUAAUCUUGUCGUUACUGUUCCUGUAUUGCAGCUGAAGCUGAAAGUGAGGCCCCGCCUCACUUCCAUCAUACACUAAACUACACCAACGUUGUGCAUGUCAGUAGUUUUUAAAAUUAAGAAUCCACCACCCUGUUAACCGGGGGCAAAUUUUUAGUUGAUAUCCUAGUUAUCACUGGCUUGUCGCUAUACCUCUAGUGCCUAGCCUGUAAAGGCAAUGCUAGCAUGGCCUUCGUAUGCAGUUGUGGGGGGGGGGCGCUGCACGAUCCAACGCAAUAGAGCCAUUUCCUUCGCAGAGGCAGAACGCUGGCCUGUUAGCAAGGAGGUGCGUUCACUUCACCGCCGCGCUCUGCGUUUCGACCCUUCACUCGACCCCUGCCCCCGCCGGUUUCCAAGAGGGCUGACAGGGCGCCAGGGGCCUUCAUUAAGCUGCAAUGGCGCUCCCGUCCACAGUCGCAGGCAGCUGCCGUUGGUGUUUCUACCGAAGCCGCCACUCGCCCCAUUCUGGGUCUCCGAAUAGCCGGGGUGGGUGGGGACGGGACAGCACAGGCCGGCGAAGGGAGCGGCCCGGGCUGCUUAGCUUCCUUAGCCGCUUCCUGCUGCUGCUGCUCCUCCUCCUCCUCUAGUUUCUUAUGCCAUCCCUCCGUCUCCGGGCGAAGCUAUAGCUCCGCGUGGUGAGUGAGGAGACGGAAAAGAAGCGGGAGGUCGGGCUGUGGCAAGCUGAGUCCGAGGUCUCGGGAGAACUCUGUGGUGGGCGAGGCAGGACCUGGAGUUUGCGCAAAUAACAGAUGCGGGUGAAAGAUCCAUCAAGGGCUAUCACUGAAAAAAAGAGAUACAAAAAGUCAAAUCAGCCUCCGGAUGAAGAUUCUUCAGAUGACAUUGCAGGAAAAGGUCUGACAUGUGAGCAUGUAAGCCAAGCUGUGGAUGUACAUCAUGUGAAGAGAGCAGUAGCUCAGAAUGUUUGGUCAGUAUGUUCAGAGUGCCUAAAGGAAAGGAGAAUAUGUGAUGGUGAGCCAGUAAUGCCUACUGACAUAUGGCUCUGCCUCAAAUGUGGAGCUCAGGGCUGCAGUCAAAACUCAGAAGCUCAGCAUUCUAUAAAACAUUUCCAGACUGAAUGGGCAGAGCCUCAUUGUAUUGUAAUCAACCUCAGCACAUUGAUUGUAUGGUGCUAUGAAUGUAAUGAAGAGCUGUCAACACAUUGCAACAAGAAGGCUUUGGCACAAAUUGUUGACUUCCUCCAAAGACACAUCAUCAGAAAUGAAACAAAUUUGUCAUCAGAAAUUAUAUGGUUAAAUAAAGAAAACAGUGACACAAGUGACGUAUUAAAGGGAAGAAGCAUUGGUUCCAGUUGGGCAUCGAUUCCAGUUAAAGGAAUUAAUAAUUUAGGAAAUACAUGCUUUUUUAAUGCUGUUAUACAGAAUUUGGCACAUACACACAUGUUAAAUGAACUAAUGUGUGAAAUGGAAAAGGGCACAACGUUGAAAAUAGGUCUGAGUCCGCUGUCCCAACUGGAUCCUUUGGAAAUCACUCUCUCAAGUCCUGGAUCACUGACUUCAGCUAUGUUCCUGUUCCUUCACAGCAUGAAAGAAGCUGGAAAGGGUCCUCUUUCUCCUAAAGUUCUUUUCAGUCAGCUCUGUCAAAAGGCCCCUCGAUUUAAAGGAUUUCAACAACAGGACAGCCAAGAAGUUCUUCACUAUUUGCUGGAUGUAAUGAGAAUAGAGGAAACAAAGCGUAUACAAUCUGCAAUUUUAAAAGCUUUCAAUAAUCCUACUACUAAAACAGCAGAUGAAGAUACAAAAAGAAAAGUAAAAGCAUAUGGAAGAGAGGGUGUGAAGAUGAACUUCAUAGAUAGGAUCUUUGUUGGUGAAUUGACUAGCACUAUCAUGUGUGAGGAAUGUGAAAAUAUUUCCACAAUGAAGGAACCUUUUAUUGAUCUUUCACUCCCUAUAAUAGAAGAGAGGAUUUCAAAACCUGCUCCUUUUGGAAGGACAAGUAAAUGUAAACAUGUACAGGAAGCAGAUAUUGAUCAAUACAGCUGUUCUAUUACUGCUUUGAAUAACCAACAAGUAAAACAGUCUCGGAAACACACAUUAACAAAGAAGAACCAAGUAAACCAUGAAAGAAGACUUACCAAGAAAUACUUAUCCGGUGAAGAAGAAACAAGCUCUUUUAUUAUGAAUGAAAAACCGAAAAGCACUACUUCUGAAGGAGGCUCCAACAUUCCACAAACAGGGGAUAGCAGUACAGUGAUAGAGUGUGCAACAAAUGAAAGCCAGACUGAAGUCAGUGAAAAAGAAGCAAGCCAUUCUGAAAGUAGCAUCGAUGCAGACAGUGAGGCCUCUGAAAGUGAAAGUGCCCCUAAGCAGCUGGCUUCCACCAGAGUUUGUUGCACCUCCAAUUUGCAAACCAGUGGAUAUAAACACACCAGUGGGCAUAAACCCAACAAAUCACAUAAUAACAAGACAGAGGCACUUACAAGCUCCUUAUCAAAACUGAGCUUUGGCAACACCGUAAAUGAGGGUGAGGGGCUGCUCAACAGCGAUCAGCUAUCAUGUCUGUCAAACAACUUAGCCUUUUCAGCAGAGAAAUCCUCUCCAUUGCAGAGCCCUCAAAAUGCUUUCCAGACCCUUUCUCACAGUUAUGUAACAAGCUCUAAAGAAUGUUCAGUUCAGUCAUGCCUCUGCCAAUUUACAUCUGUGGAGCUGUUGAUGGGAAACAACAAGCUGUUGUGUGAAAACUGUACAGAACGGAGACAGAAACAUAAAAAAGCAAAUUCUGCAGAAAAGAAGAUGGAAGGUGUGUAUACAAAUGCCCGAAAGCAACUGCUGAUUUCUUCAGUUCCUGCUGUUCUUGUUCUCCAUCUUAAAAGAUUCCAGCAGGCUGGUCUAAGUCUACGGAAAGUCAACCGGCAUGUGGAUUUUCCGCUUCUUUUGGACUUCGCACCAUUUUCUUCUGUUUCCUGCGAGAAUGUGACAGAUGGUGGGAAAAUUCUCUAUGCUCUUUAUGGAAUAGUGGAGCAUAGUGGGUCUAUGCGAGGUGGUCACUAUGCAGCAUAUGUGAAAGUCAGAUCACCAUCCAGAAAACUUUUGGAGCAAAUUUCUAGCAAUAAAAAUGUUCAAGGCUUAAAGGAAUCAGUAGGAGCAUCUGUAGGACAGUGGGUAUAUGUCAGUGAUACCCAUGUACAAGUGGUCCCAGAAUCAAGAGUAUUGCAUUCACAAGCUUACUUGCUUUUCUAUGAAAGGAUACUGUAGUUGUAUUCAGCAUUGAAAACACAGACUUUCUUGAAAUGCAGCAGCAUAUGAUAGUAGAUUUAAAUGUGUAUUUAUCUCUACUAUAAAAUCAAUCAUGAUUUUAAAACAUCCAUGGCUUAAGUCCAGAGUAUCUGGCAGCUGACCCUUGUGUCCAGUUGCAUCUAGUGCUGCUCUGUAAGGAUGUGGACCUUCAGAGUGGCUUUUUAAAGAAUGUAUGGGACUGCUGCCAGUAGGGGUGUACAAAAAAGUCCCUGUAUGUAAGGGAAACAAAACUCCUGUUUCUCUGGAGCCAUGACUGUGUGAUUGCUGCUUAAAUUCCAAAAAUACUGCAUCAAGAAAUGGAAUAGUCAGUUUUGAGCAGCACAACCAAAAUUGAGUGAAAAAUGUUUAGUUGCACAAAUGGUGUCAAAAAGACUGAGUAGAGUCUGAAUCUUCCUUACUGCAAAAUACCAUUUGUUAAAUCACAAACACAGUUGUGUUGCAUAUUUGGGACUUGAGUUUUAUUGAACGUUAUGGCUGCAGUAUUUUUUUAUGGUGCUACCUUAAAUCCAUUGUUAAAAGAUAUAUGGCAUAAUCCUCUCGGGAGGGUACCAUUUUAAAGUGCAGGUGGGAUCUGAAUGUUGUAACAUACUACCACAUCAAAACUUUUCUAAAUGUGGAAGGCCUGGCACAUCAGAAAUAAAGCCAGAAUAGAACCUUUCUCCCCGAUGUGCUAGUUUCCAUAUACAGGAAGUAUUUGACAUAGGGGAAUUGCAUGUUUGAAUACAUUCCUACCUAACAACCUAAAGUGGUAGCCUUGGGUGGACUGUACUCAAUAAUUAGCUCAGAGAUUUAAAAGCACACUAGCAAAUCAAUUCAUACUUUCUAAUCUUGUGCACAAUAUUCUGUCAUUUAUGAAAUACAUUUGCAAGGAUGCUGGUUUACUUUAUAUCCAAUUUUGUUUGCAGAAUACUAGGUGACUUCAAAUAAUUCUCUUUUCCUAAGUACUCUCAACUUUGUACAAGUCUGUGUUUUAAACAAUGUACUGCUUUAGUUUAAAAAACAAAAUUGGGGUGUGAGAAGAGUUAUAAUUGGUGGCUUGGUUCCAAUGGAGUUUCUAUAGACAGAUUUCUGCCCAUGUAGGGCAACUUUCCAACCUUUCUUCUGCUGCAGCCAACCCCCCCCCCCCAAUUCUUUUCCUCUCUUAGGAACUGCAUUUCACGGAACUGGUUUUGCGCUGCAUUGGGGAUGGGGUGGGGAGCAAGGAAGCUGCACUAUGCAGAUAGAUAUCCCUCAAUCAUGGAACCACUCCAUUGGAUCCAAGCCACUGCCUCUUACAAAGGAUUGAUUCUGCUGCUUUACUUUCUACAGAACAGAGGGCUAUGGAACUCCUGAAUGCAUUGUAACUUUUUGCUUAAAAACAAUCAUAUCUCCUAUACCACAUGACAAGCUGUUGUUAAAACUUGGGAAGGUUUCUAAGAGGAAUCUGUGCUUCAUGUUGCAAAGGUAGGGGUGGAGACAUGCAGUUUGAGGGGCUUUUUGUAUUGUGACUGUUGGAAAGGAGUGAAAAAGUACAUUUAUAUAAAAUCAUGGACUUCUGUCUCUCUCUUGUUUUCCUUAAAAGCAUUAAAAAAUAGCUGUUCCAUUUACAUGUCCAGGGGUAGAAUCUGAAUACAAUUAGUAGGUACCUCUCCUGACACUGAAUUCCAGUGAUGGAAAUGGGAAAUAUGCAAGAGCAACUGUGCUAUUAGCACUCCAUUCAUUUCUGUGGGGUUAUUUUCAACAGGAGAGAUAGUUGUUGUAUUCAACAUUGUUGUUGGAUUGCCAUGUGCUGUUUGAAAUGCUAUAAGAGAUUAUUACGCCAUAAUAUGAACUUCUGAGAGAGCUAGCAGUUGUUGUGUCUUUGAUUAUUUUACUGAACUGAAUAAUUUCUUACUUUACUGAACUGGAUAAUUUAAAAUCAUUCAAUUUCCUUCAGUGAUCUGUUUUCCAUCAAGAAAAGAGGCUUGUUCACAUGGGAAAAACAAAUUCUCGUGCCUCUUAGCUUCUAAAAUAUUGUAUCCAUCUGAGAAACUCAUAAUUUCUGGAAAAAUAAAGAGGAGUCUUGUGGC